GCGUCCCGACGGUGAAUCAAAUGGUAGGGAGAAUUAGUUGUAAUGAAAGUAAGGAGGGGAUCGUGGAAUCUCGGAUCUCGGACGGAGUGAGACGACGAGAGUGAGAAGCAAGCGAGAGUACGGGACGAUAAGUGCGAGAGGAGAGUCUUACUCGUUCACCUUGGCUCGCGCGCGAAGAUCCCACAUUUCAAAGGUGUCACCUGUCACGAGAGGCACAAGCGAGAAACAUGGUGCGCAAAUUUUUCGUUGGCGGUAAUUGGAAGAUGAAUGGUACAAAGAGCGAGAUCGAUGACAUCGUCGCGUUCCUGAAGACCGGUCCGCUCGAUCCUAACGUCGAGGUUGUAGUUGGCGUUCCUUCAAUAUACCUCACGUACGUGACUUCUAUCGUUCCCAACAAUAUUGACGUCAGUGCACAAAAUGCAUACAAAGUUUCCAAAGGCGCAUUCACCGGUGAAAUCAGUCCGGCUAUGCUUCUGGAUAAUGGCAUUCCUUGGGUAAUACUUGGUCACUCUGAGCGUCGAAAUGUAUUUGGUGAAACGGACGAGUUAAUUGCAGAGAAAAUUGCACAUGCCUUAGAGGCUGGAUUGAAAGUGAUCGCGUGUAUAGGUGAGAAAUUGGAGGAGCGCGAGGCAGGAAAGACGGAAGAAGUAGUUUAUAGGCAGACUAAGGCGAUAGCGGAUAAAAUUAAAUCUUGGGAUAAUGUGGUUUUGGCUUAUGAACCGGUAUGGGCGAUCGGUACAGGUAAAACUGCGACACCACAGCAAGCGCAAGAAGUUCACGAAAAGUUACGAGAGUGGUUAUCCAAGAAUGUCAAAGGCGACGUUGCGCAAACUUUGCGAAUUAUCUAUGGUGGUUCCGUGACGGCAACUAAUGCCAAGGACUUGGCAAAAGAGAAGGAUAUCGAUGGAUUUUUAGUCGGCGGUGCGUCGUUGAAGCCUGAUUUUGUACAAAUUGUCAAUGCUCGUUGUUGAACAAUCGAUGAGACAGACGUAAUUUUAAUAAAACUAUUACAUAAUGAGAUGAAAUAUGUUGAGAUUAUACAAGUCACAUAUAGUGUUCGAUUAUAUAAGAUUUAACAAAAUGUAAUAUUACAAUGGAGAGUUCUA